CUUUCAAGUUAGGUUAUCAUCCGUUGUGUCGAUUUGUUAUUUUGUGAGUUUGUUCUUUGGUGUUGUAAACACCUGUAUUAAUUUCGAGAGGUUAGAUCAUAUGUUUGCGUUUUAGUAAUUAUAAAAAUACUAUACAUUAAUAAUCCAAAAUGAUGUUGUUAUUUACAUAUUUGAUAUUUUAACGUUACGUACAUUUAUUUUUAUAAUUUUAUCGUUUGCUAAUGGAACCAAAUAAAUCGGUGUAUUAAAAAUUACAAAGCUGUCGCCAUGAAUAUGCGUGAAAAAGAAAAAUACAUUGAAAAUUUCAACUUUCCAUUUUGUGAUGAAUCAGACAAAUACGAAAAAAUAGCCAAAAUAGGUCAAGGAACUUUUGGGGAAGUUUUUAAAGCCAGAGACAAAAGUAACCCCAAAAAAUUUGUAGCAAUGAAAAAAGUAUUGAUGGAUAACGAAAAGGAAGGUUUUCCCAUAACAGCCUUACGUGAAAUUAGGAUAUUACAAUUGCUUAAACACGAAAAUGUUGUGAAUCUUAUAGAAAUUUGCCAAACAAAAGCAUCACAACGAAACAGAUACAGAUCAACAUUUUAUUUGGUUUUUGAUUUUUGUGAGCAUGAUUUGGCAGGUCUGUUAUCAAACGUGCAUGUCAAGUUUAGUCUAGGGGAAAUUAAAAAAGUUGUACAACAGUUAUUUAAUGGACUAUAUUAUAUUCAUAGCAAUAAAAUUUUACAUCGUGAUAUGAAGGCUGCAAAUGUGUUGAUAACUAAAAAUGGAGUCUUAAAGUUGGCUGACUUUGGAUUAGCACGUGCGUUUAGCACCAGCAAAAAUGGAGUACCAAAUAGGUUUACAAAUCGUGUUGUUACAUUAUGGUAUCGUCCACCUGAACUGUUACUGGGAGAAAGAAAUUAUGGACCUCCAGUUGAUCUGUGGGGAGCUGGAUGCAUUAUGGCCGAGAUGUGGACCAGAUCCCCCAUUAUGCAGGGAAACAGUGAACAGCAACAAUUGACAUUAAUUUCACAACUUUGUGGAACGAUUUGUCCACAAGUUUGGCCAGGUGUCGAAAAUUUGGAACUGUAUAAAAAAAUGGAAUUACCAGUGCAAAAAAGAAAAGUGAAGGAACGUCUCAAACAUUAUAUGAAAGAUCCUUACGCCUGUGAUUUAUUAGACAAGCUCUUGGUUCUUGAUCCUUCCAAACGAGCAGAUGCAGAUACUGCUUUGAAUCAUGAUUUUUUCUGGACUGAUCCAAUGCCCUGUGACUUGGGUAAAAUGUUAGCCAAUCACACGCAGAGUAUGUUCGAAUUUUUGGCUCCUCCAAGACGGCCGACCCAGAUGAGACAUCAUUCAUUACCUCGACCAACCACUUCAGCGGUACAAGACAGCGGUUAUCAAGAUAGAGUUUUUUAGUUGUAAAUAUAAACAUUAGGUACCACAAAAGACAUUCCUAAUAUGACCGUGUCUAUUAACUCCAUUACAACAGCAAAGUUCAGAAGAUUACAAAAAAGUCGGACGAAUUAAUUUAGUGGAUGAUGGAUCUUCUGAUUUUUUGCAGGGUCCCAAGUUUGAAUUGGUACGCAAAUAUUAAGCUACCAAGGAUGUUGAAAGUUCAGAAAUCUGACUUUAUUUUAUAAUGUUAUAUGUAUAGUUUCGUUAAUUACAUAAUGAUUUUGUAACUGACUAUUUAUAAAAUAAAGUGAUGCCAUCUAA